AUGCCUUCGAUUCGAUUACACACGCGCUCUUCCGCGCCCGCUGUAUCAGCGACAGAGACAUCGUCCUUCCCUCUCACUAACCCUCUCCCGCAACUCCUCCAAACACCCUCCGGCCUUGCGCUCCUUGAGCUUCAAGGCACGAUCAACCUCCCAGAACAUGAACCAGACACAAGUCCAGAUGGUUCACCCAAUCUGAAUGCCCCGUCCGUCGAAACGCCCAUCGGAAAGAUCAUGUUCCCCGACUAUUCAUUGCUCAACCCAGACGACACGAAGUGGAUGAAGCGAGUCUAUCUGUAUGUCGGUCGGUAUCAACGCAUGACUGGCGAGGUGAAGAAGCUGCCGCGACCGAUAGCAGUGCUGCAGAAGCGUGCUGGGUCGGAGAUGGAGGAGUUGGAGAUUGUCGAGGUCGUGCGAUACAAGAUCUUCUUCAAGAAUCGACCAGAGCCUGUCAAUGAUAUUUGA